GCCGGCGGCGCGGGCGGGGGGCGGCGCGGAGCUGAGCAGGACGGCCGCCAUCUUGCGCGGAGCCGGAGUCGGAACCCGAGACUGAGGCAGAGAGUGCGCGGGAGUCCGUGGUCCAUUUUAGCCGCGGCUUAGUCGGAGACUUUUCCCGCCGCCCUUCCUCGCCCGGCCCCUAACCCUCAGCCCGGCCCGGUCCCCUGACCCUCAUCCCGGCACGGUGCCCUGACCCUCAGUCCGGCCCGGUCCGGCCUCCCCGCGGGGUCACGCGGCCGCCCCGGGGACGAUGAACGGAGGAUAAAUGGUGCCCAAGGCAGACAGCGGUGCCUUCUUGCUGCUCUUCCUGCUCGUGCUCACCGUCACCGAGCCGCUGCGGCCAGAGCUGCGGUGCAACCCUGGGCAGUUUGCCUGUCGCAGUGGCGCCAUCCAGUGCAUCCCCCUCCCCUGGCAGUGUGACGGCUGGGUGACUUGUGAGGAUGAGAGCGACGAAGCCGACUGUCCAGAAGUGACUGGGGAGUCCCGUCCUUACCAUGGGAAGGAGGCUGUGGAUCCGCGGCCGGGCCGGGCCCGAGGCAGCGACCCCAAGCACUUCCACGCGGUGAAUGUGGCGCAGCCCGUGCGCUUCAGCAGUUUCCUAGGGAAGUGCCCGACAGGGUGGCACCACUAUGAGGGCACAGCGAGCUGCUAUCGGGUCUACCUGAGCGGAGAGAAUUACUGGGACGCGGCGCAGACCUGCCAGCGCGUGAACGGCUCCCUUGCCACCUUCUCCACCGACCAGGAGCUGCGCUUCGUCCUGGCCCAGGAAUGGGACCAGCCAGAGCGGAGCUUCGCGUGGCAGGACCAGCACAAGCUGUGGGUCGGCUACCAGUAUGUCAUCGCCAGCCGGAACCGCUCCUUGGAAGGUCGCUGGGAGGUAGCGUUCAAGGGUUCCUCAGAGGUGUUCCUGCCCCCAGACCCCAUCUUCGCCUCAGCCAUGUCGGAAAGCGACAACGUGUUCUGCGCCCAACUCCAGUGCUUCCACUUCCCCACCCUCCGCCACCACGACCUGCACAGCUGGCAUGCAGAGAACUGCUAUGAGAAGUCUUCGUUUCUCUGUAAAAGAAGUCAAACAUGCGUUGACAUCAAGGACAAUGUGGUGGAUGAGGGGUUCUACUUCACCCCCAAAGGAGACGACCCAUGCCUGAGCUGCACCUGCCAUGGUGGGGAGCCUGAGAUGUGUGUGGCUGCCCUCUGUGAGAGGCCCCAGGGCUGUCAGCAGUACCGCAAGGACCCCAAGGAAUGCUGCAAGUUCAUGUGCCUGGACCCAGAUGGCAACAGCCUAUUCGACUCCAUGGCCAGUGGGAUGCGUCUGAUCGUUAGCUGCAUCUCCUCCUUCCUCAUCCUGUCGCUGCUGCUUUUCAUGGUCCACCGGCUUCGCCAGAGGCGGCGGGAACGCAUUGAGUCCCUGAUCGGAGCCAACUUGCACCACUUCAACCUUGGCCGGAGGAUCCCUGGCUUUGAUUACGGCCCAGACGGGUUCGGCACCGGCCUCACGCCACUACACCUUUCUGACGAUGGGGAAGGCGGCACGUUCCACUUCCACGACCCUCCGCCUCCCUACACUGCAUAUAAGUACCCAGACAUCGACCAGCCCGAUGAUCCGCCGCCGCCCUACGAGGCCUCCAUCAACCCUGACAGCGUGUUCUAUGACCCCGCAGACGAUGAUGCCUUUGAGCCGGCAGAGGCCAGGCCGCCGAGCCCAGGGGAUGGUGGCGGUGAAGGGGCGUCACCCCGGCGUCUGGAGCACCCUUUGCCCGCUGCGGGGCCCUCUCUGGCCGACUUGGAAGACUCAGCUGACAGCAGCAGUGCCCUGCUGGUGCCCCCUGACCCUGGCCAGAGUGGGAGCACCCCAGCCACAGAGGCACUGCCGGGGGGCGGCCGCCAUAGCCGCAGUUCCCUCAGUACCGUGGUGUAGAGGAUGGCCCAGCCCAAGGCCCCGACGGGCAGAGAGCACCUUUUUGCUGUCAAGAAAAUCCUGAUCCCCGUGGGAGACUUAAAGGGCCCCUGAGUGAGCCUGGACCCAGCUGCACGGCCGCAAACCCACUGACCGCACGCAUGUGCAGCACAGACCACACCGGCCUCCCAAGGGAGCAGACACCUGCACUGGGCCUCCUGGAGGGCUCUAGAAACAUGCAUAGCUGUUGGUCCCUGUCUGUUUCUUUUCAAAUGGCAGAAGAAUGACGGAGUUUGUUCAGACCACACGUUUCAGAAGUAGGGAACAAAGAUGGCACUGUGGGCAUGGGCCCCGCACCACAUCUGGUUUUGGUGGGCAUGCUCGCUGUGGCAUGCCGUCCAGAGGAGCCUGCCAGAAAGCCACACGGCCCUGGUGGCCAGGAGGCGGGAGGGGCACUUCCAGGCACCACCAUGUUUGUGGACUGUCAGUAUUGUCUGGGUACUAGUCUGCCUGAGGGUAGACAGUCUUGAAGGUGACCACAAUGACUGCUCUGAGAAUCCCCUCCACUCCACCCCAGCUGUAAACAUCAAGGGUGACCCUUCCCCAGGCUGGGGGAUGGCCUGGGCCUCUGGUGCCCGAGGCCCUGAGGAAAGAGGGUCUUGGAAGGAGGUUGAACUCUCCACUCGUCUAGCUGGGCUCGUUGAAGCCCAGUUCUGUGCCAGGAGGCCCUGGUCCCACCCUGCCAUUUUUUCCCCAGCAUUGCUGUGCAUGGCUCCCCCAAGAGGCAGCCCUGGAGUUGGGCCAAGGCCCUUAGCCACGCAUGAGUGUUCUGGCCCUGGAUCCUCUGCUGGGGGUUGGGAGCUAAGCCGGCUCCUGUCUGCUAGCCUCUGGAGCCCCCACUCUUAAUUGAUUUCGCCUCUGGGCCUGGCCUGCCCCCCACCCCAUCAUGUUUGUGCCAUAAAGGGUUGUUUCUUUGUGGGGAGGGGUGGCCAAAACGAAUGCCCUGGGCUGUGUCCAUCUCCUUGCACACUGUCACCGCUGGGGCUGAGUGCCCAGUGGCCGCAUGCCACCUUCUCAUGCUCCUCAGCAGCUCAGGGUGCAGGGUACCCUGCGCAGGGGCCUUUGGACCAAGGGACCCUGUUGCCUGCUCCUGGGCAGCGGUCCCAUCUCCUGACAUGGGGCUUUUAGCAUUUCUGAGGUUUCGAGAUUAAGCGGGUUCUGUGCGAUUUUUAGCACAUCCAUAUCUUUUCUACGUUGAAUGUCUGGAUCUUUUCUUUUUGUGUGUGUGCGUGUGUCUAUAUGUGUGUACAUAUGUGUCCAAGUUUUGCAGGUGGUAGUGGUACACCAGAGCUCGGGCAUGGGGCCCCCAUUUCCCAGGCCCGUUGUGAUGUCUGGGGUGGCCCGGAGGCUCAGCGAGGUCUGUACCUCCGUCCUGUGGCUGAGCGCAUGGAGCGUGUGCCUGGUCCCCGGUGUGGCCUUUCCAGACCAGCGUGCAGUGACUGGAGGGUUGACUAGAAGUGCUCUUUGGUGACAGACCUCAGUGGCACGUUCUCACACUCUCCCGAUUGGAAACCCAUUGUGUUCCUCCAGGACGGAGUGAGGUUUUUGAGUUGCCCCACAGAAACUGUCAUGCCCUGAGCCGGCCAGAGGUGUGAAGUCUGAACUGCCUGUCCACACUUGCAGGACCCAGAGUGUGGGAGGCAGGUGGGCUGCAUGCCGAGCAGGCCGGAGCUCCCCUUGCCAAAGGGCUGCCACUUUGAGAAUGGCGUUCUGGGCCCUCACGGCCCACACUGACCGCUGAAGACCAAGCAGGAAGCGUGUUUUGCCUCCAGCCUGCUGGGCUCGGGGCAGCUGAGGGCUGGAGAACAGUCACGGGUCUUACUGGUGCCAGGUGAGUGUCCUGAGCGUGUCUGCUUUGGAGUGUCUGCCCCAGCAGAGCACAGAGGGCCUGACCUCUAUAGCUGAGAGUCCUUCCCAGCUCCCGUGUCCCUGGCCCAUACCUCGGAACCAUGUGGGACUGGGAAACUCCUGUGGGGACUGAAGGACUGCUGGGGCCAAUCAGGCACACAGGAGGUGCUGAGGAGGGAGUGAGCUGAAACGGCGAGCCUGCUUCUGGACUGGCCACAGGGCUCUGUCGCGCGCUGGGGUGCUCAGCCCACUUGCAUCCAUGGGCCGGGCAGAAGGCCCAUGUGUGGGGCUACUCCAGACCCCCACCUGCUGUGUCUGCAGGAGUCGGUGCCCGGGAGCUGACCUCCUCUGGGGGGCGGUUGUGAGAGGAACAAGGGGGAGCUGGUGUCAGCCUGGCUGUCCUCAGCCUCCUGUCCAGCUACCACCCUUUGUAAGAUCUGACUGUGCUCCACGGUCCGAUGAAGAAUCCCGAGGCCAACCCUAGUAGCUGCGACUCUUGUGCUCCUGAGAGAGACUGGGCCCCCAGAGGUACAGGCCAAGCUCUUGGGAGGGGCCUCCUCCCCCAGGUCCUGACUUCCUCCCCCAGGUGGAGGAAGGAGUCCAUACUGUACAUUGUCUCGAUGCCUGUUUUUUAUGUUUUCCUUUCACUAAGGGUUUUUAGUUUGGGUUUAUUUUUGGUUGGGUUGGCACUAAUCCUUUUCUUAAGAUGCUGUGAGAACCAUUUCAUCCAAAUGCCAAAUAAAUUUGUGUUCUGGA